AUGGCGGCGCUGAAUGCAGCGAUCAGACAGAAGCGAUUCACACAAGUGAAGUUGCUACUUGAUAUCGGGGUUGAUGUUAACCAGCAGGAUUCUGAAAUGAGGCGGACGGCUCUAAUGCAACUUUGCUUUCUCGAUGAUGAGAGCAAAGCGGCCAAAUAUGUCCGAGUAUUACUUGAAAGAGGAGCGAAAGUCGGUUUGAAAGACAAGGAUGGACUCACCGCUCUGUCGCACGCGUGUAAACUCGGACUGGAGCAAUUAGUUUCGAUUAUGCUUGAGGAAGCAAGUGAUUUUGAUCUCAAUUCGCAAGAUAAGCUCGGAAAUACAGCACUCCAUCAUGCCGCGUUGUCAGGCAAUUUCGUGGUCUUAAAUCUUCUGCUAAACAAAUUAAAACGAUUUAAAAUGAACGUCGACAAGUUGAACAAAAGAGGAGAAACCCCCUUGAUUGUCGCGUCUAAGUCAGGAAAUUUCUUUUGCGCACGAAUUCUCGUUUCAGAGGGUAAAGCUUCCAAAGGAGCGCGCGAUUACAUCGAAUUUAAAACUGCUGAGGAAUGGGGAAGGACGAAAGAAAGUCUCCGCUCCGCAUCCAAAUCGCCGCUUUUCCGAGUUAUGCAGCUUCCGCCUCGAAUGUCUUUAGAUUCUCAGAGCCGAGGAUCAAAGGAUGAUGUUCAUUUACCAAAACAGAAAGAUAAUAAGAGACCGAACACCGCACCAGGGCACCUAUUAAGUCAACCAAGUGAGAGAACUCACAGGGAAAACCUUCGAGAUCUCUUCCGCGUAUACGAAGAACACGUCUCCGGCGCUUUUCGAAUCGGAGUUAAGCCCAGACCUGUUAUUGUGACCACAGAAUCAGUUUGCAGCAUUAACGACGGUACUAGUCAAGAUGAUGAUGAUAUUUGCGAGCUACCUCAUGCCCCGGUAUCGCCUAUUUCUUUUCAAUCCGUCGGUCGACGCUUUAGUAUCAGCAAAGCAGGCAAACUAGCUCUCAAUACAAACACCGUUCUAAGAAGGGCUUCCCUGGCAACGGUGUCAACAACUGGCAGCCCGAGUAAACCGUUACAACGGCGAGGAUCCCAAUCGUUUGGCCCAAAUAAUGGUAGAAGGCUUUCUCAAUCAAUGCCUCUGUCGCCGAGAGUCAGAAGAGGCUCGAUGAACGUGAUGAGUAAGAUAACGAAAGUGCCCUCACUGAAUGUAAACAAAGAAAAGAGCGAAUCGAAAAACACUUUGGCUUCUACUGAUUCUAGCUCUACACCUUCGAGACCAUCCAUCUCUGUUAACUCAGACAAACUGUUUGCCAAGCUUCAAACUUUAGCCGAAGAAAGUGACUCUGAAGGGGAGGAAAACGGUAGCGAGAUUUUACAUAGAAGUUCACCAGCAAACCUUUUUUCACAAAUGUAA